UUUUCAUUUUGUUGCACUAUAGCUAGUAUUCAGAUUUGUUAAGAGUUUAUUUUGAGUCAUAAAGGAUGAUUGCGGUCCAGAAUAUUGGGACCAGAUCCCCAGCAAGGAUCAGGAGACAGUGGGUGAAAAGGGUUCUGUGGGGGGUCCUCUUUGGGCUGAUGGUCCUUAUCUAUGGCUCUCAUGCCCCACUCAUCACCCUCACCAAGGUGGAUGGUCAAGUCCCUUUCAACCCAUCAUCAUGUGUUUUUAUGAUUGAAUUAUCCAAACUCCUGGUUUCUCUGGCCUCUCUUGUUCUAACCGAGGGUACAUCCGCCUUACAAGCUCCUCCACCUCUCCUCCGUGUGGCCCCCUACGCAGUCCCUGCCCUCCUCUACGCCCUCAACAACAACCUAGUGGUUCUCAUGCAGGCCUACAUGGACCCAAGCUCAUACCAGGUCCUUUCUAACCUGAAAAUUGCCUCCACCGCCCUGCUGUACUCCUUCUGCCUGGGCAAGAAGCUCCGUCCUUCUCAGUGGUUAGCUCUGGGGCUUCUCAUGUGCGCAGGGGUGUGCCACAGCUACAGCAGUCUGGAUCUAGGAGACCUCAGGAGGGUUGAAGCGGAGGAAGGUCCCAUGAUUCAUAUCACAGCUUGGGGGCUUUUCCUUGUGCUGGUGUACUGCUGUGUUUCAGGGCUGGCAGCAGUUUACACAGAGAGGGUCCUGAAGAGCCAGAAGCUGCCCCUCAGCCUGCAGAAUAUCUACCUCUAUGUGUUCGGUGUGGCCAUUAACGGGCUCUCCUCCUUCUUCUUUAUAACAGGGGAGAAGAGCUUUCUGGAGGGAUACUCGGGGGUGGUUUGGGUUAUUAUAGCGGGGCAGGCAGCCAACGGUCUCCUCAUGUCUGUGGUGCUGAAGCACGGCAGCGGGAUCACCAGACUGUUCGUCAUUUCCUGCUCCAUGCUGGUGAAUGCUCUGCUGUCUUGGGCCAUGUUAGGGCUGCAGCUCACGCCUUUCUUCCUCCUACCUGUUUCUAUGAUUGGACUGGCAGCUUACCUUUACUACAGAUAGUAAAUAACUGAACCACGAGGCUCAUUGAACUCAUGACAGUCCACCUGUACCUGCUAGUUUUUCAGAUGGGAUUUGUUUUCUGCCUUAUAUCUAUCUGCCUUCUGAAAUCCAGAAUCCAACACAUAACCAUAAACCAAAUAAGUGAACAUGUAUUUCAGCUGAGCUCUUAUUCCACAGUUUGUAUCAUAUUUUAAAAUGUAUCAUGUCAUACCGAUGUAAGUCCAUUGAAAUAAUAAUGCAAGUUUGGGGUAUAAUAUCUUCAGUUCAACAUUUCUGAAGAGUGCUGCUAUGUCUAUUUGUAUUUCGUUCUCUGGCCAGAACACUGUCAAAGAUAAUGUCUGGUGUUAUAAAGUGUGUUAAUAAAUAACAUUGUUUCAACAAA